AUGGGUGUUCCGAAAUUCUUCCGCUGGUUGAGUGAGCGGUAUCCCGCGAUCUCGAUGCUGAUCGCAGAGAGCCGGAUACCCGAAUUUGACAGCUUAUACCUCGAUAUGAACGGCAUCAUCCAUAACUGUACGCAUAGUGACAGCGAUUCCCCAACCUUCCGAAUGACGGAAGAUCAGAUGUUCAUUGCCAUCUUCAACUAUAUCGAGCAUUUGUUUGGCAAGAUCAAGCCUAAGAAACUUUUCUACAUGGCCGUUGAUGGUGUCGCACCACGUGCGAAGAUGAACCAACAACGUGCUCGUCGAUUCCGAACUGCAUUAGAUGCGGAGAGUGCGAAGGAGAAGGCUAUUCAGCAGGGGCUGGAAAUGCCCAAGGAAGAUGCCUUCGACAGCAACUGCAUCACACCCGGUACGGAGUUUAUGCAGAAGUUGACACAACAACUGAAGUACUUCAUCAACAAAAAGAUCUCGGAGGACACUGACUGGCAGGGCGUGGAGAUUGUCCUCUCUGGCCACGAGGUCCCCGGAGAAGGAGAACACAAGAUCAUGGAAUACAUCCGUUGCUCGAAAGCGCAACCCAACUAUGAAUCUAAUGUUCGCCACUGUCUUUACGGUCUUGAUGCCGAUCUGAUCAUGCUGGGACUUCUUAGUCAUGACCCCCACUUCUGUCUUCUUCGUGAGGAAGUGACCUUUGGUCGCCAAGUCUCGAAGAAGCCCAAAGAACUCGAACACCAAAACUUUUAUUUACUGCACCUCAGUAUGGUUCGGGAGUACUUGGAAUUGGAAUUCCAAGAGCUAGAGCAGGAAGGUGUUUUGGAUUUCCCAUUCGAUAUGGAACGUGUUAUUGAUGAUUUCAUCCUCAUGGCAUUCUUCGUCGGAAACGAUUUCUUGCCCAACCUGCCGAACUUACACAUCAACGAAGGUGCACUUGCCCUUAUGUUUAAACUCUACAAGGAGGUACUGCCUAAAAUGGGCGGUUACAUCAACGAGCAGGGUGUCAUAAACGUCCAGCGCUUGGGCAUGCUUGUGGAGGCAUUGAGUGGCGUUGAGCAUCGAUUUUUUGAAGCCGAAAACUCCGAUGCCCAAUGGAUUAAAUCCAAGAAAAACGACGGAUCUCUUGAGUUACAACAGAAGCCGAAGGAGCUUACCCUCACUCCAGCCCAGAAGGAAAUCCUCAAGACGGUCAAGAAAUAUGUUCUGAACCGGUCUGAAAAGGCUUCCGAACCUCUUGAUCUUCCUCCUACACUUCCCGCUCGUGACCGCACCUUCGUUGAGCGCCUUGCAGAUGAGCUUCGCUUGUCAUGGUCCUCUAUCGAUAACGAAAAUGGCGAUCGGUUCAUGAGACUUCAGCUUCCUCAGUCCCAAAGCGAUGGAGAUGACGAUGAUGACGAGGACGAAGAAGCAUCAAUGGCUGUCCAGCGUAUUAUUCGAAAAUACGAAAAGGCCAAGGUCCAAGAUAUGACCCCCGAGGAGGCCCAAGAGGCGGCGGAGAAGAAAUAUGACGCCAAGUUCCAAGAGUGGAAGGAAAACUAUUACCGCUCCAAGUUCGGCUGGGGCCUUGACAACAAGGAAGAGAUGAAGAAGCUUGCGCAGAACUAUGUGCAAGGAUUGCAGUGGGUCUUGUUCUACUAUUACCGUGGUAUCGCAUCAUGGCCUUGGUUUUUCCAGUACCACUACGCCCCUAUGAUUUCUGAUGUGAAGUUUGGACUGGACGCAGAUAUGAACUUCCAGCUGGGACAGCCUUUCCGGCCGUUUGACCAGCUUAUGGGUGUUUUGCCAGACCGCAGUAAGAAGAUCGUUCCUACUGCCUAUUGGGAUCUGAUGACCUCGCCCGAAUCUCCCAUCUACGACUUCUACCCCCGUGAUUUCGAUCUCGACAUGAACGGCAAAAAGAUGGAGUGGGAGGCAGUGGUCAAGAUUCCGUUCAUCGACGAAAAGCGACUGUUGUCAGCGCUCAAGACAAAGGAGAAUUUACUUACUGCGGACGAGAAGGGAAGAAAUGACUUUGGCGCCAGUCUCAAGUUUACCUACUCCCCUGACGUGAAUUUUGUCUACCCCUCUUCAAUGCCUGGCGUAUUCCCCGAUCUUCCAAACUGCCGCUGCAUUGAAAACAUCUUCGACCUUCCUGCUAUGGAUGGACUGGAGCCCUAUGCCGGUUUGAUGGAUGGUGUGCAUCUAGGUGAAGCCGCACUGGCUGGCUUCCCUAGCAUCAAAACGCUGCCGCACCAUGGACAAUUGGGCUUCCACGGAGUCUGUGUCUUCCAGCAAGACAGCCGCAACGAGAGCCAGGUUGUCACUCUACUUGACUCAGGAAGUCGGUCAAGCGUUGAACUGGCCAAAACAAAACUCGGACGACGUGUCCAUGUGGGAUACCCAUUCUUGCAGGAAGCUCUUGUGAUUCGUGUUUCGGACGAGCUGUUCGAUUACGUCCUUCCUCCCGGUGAACAGCACCCUGUUCAAAUCCCUCACACCCCUCAACAGAUUGAGCAAUGGAAGAAGAAGGCGACCAAGAUUGAGAAUACUUACAGCAAGCGUCUGGCAAUGAUCAUCGGAGAUGUCGAAUCCUUGGUCCACAUUCAACUCCUCAAGGGUAUGUCCAAGACAGACGCAGGUGCGACCAUCAAGGAAUUCGCCGAUAUCCCCGGCCAGGAGACAGACUAUGCUUUGCAGGUUGUUGUUGACGACGUAAUUAACCCCGAUGAGCGUUUCAUUGAGCGUGAGGCGAUCCCCAUUGAAGAAGAAUUCCCAGAAGGCAGCCGUGCCUUCUUUUUGGGUGACUUCAACUACGGACGACCUGUCCAUAUUGGUGGACACGAGGAUGGAAAGGUGAACGGCUUGAUCGCGGCCGUAAAGAACCGGGAACCCGAGUUCGGACGCGAGCGUGUCAGACAGGCCGAGCAACUUUGCCCUUACAUGCCUUCCUACGCAAUUGCCCGCAGCCUCCGUCUCAACCCCUUGGUACUGGCCAAGAUUACCUCUUCUUUCACCGUUGACGUUGAAGGCACACGCGCAAACCUCGGUCUUAACUUGAAGUUCCAGGCCAAGCAACAGAAGGUUCUUGGAUACUCCCGUCGCGGAGAGACCGGUUGGGAGUUCAGUCAGAAGGCAAUCGACUUGAUUCAGCAGUAUAUGAUCAACUUCCCCGAUUUCAUUGCUGGUAUCCAGCGCAACCCCCAGGGUGACCGUUAUUCACCAACUGAUUUCUACCCGGAGGAGACUGCUCUUCUGAAGAUCAAGGAGAUCAAGGAUUGGCUGAAGUCCGUUGAGGCCAAGAACUUCGAGAGAGUCCCUCUUGACGCCGAGCAACUUGACUCGGACAUUGUAGAAUUGAUCGAAAAGGAUGCCGAUAGUCUCGGUCUGGCUCAGCCCCAAAUGCAGCCCAAGAAGGUCCGCGGUGUCCCCCGCAGUGCUCUCCUUCGUCCUGCCGAUGUUGAACACCGUCUCGGAAACCAGACUUUCAAGCUUGGCGAUCGCAUCGUCUAUGCUCAGGAUUCCGGUAAGGUGCCAAUCGCUACUCGCGGUACUGUUGUCGGUCUCACCAGAACCCCGCGUACUCUUCUGCUGGAUGUUGUCUUUGACGUAUCGUUCAUGAGCGGUACCACGUUGGGUGGCCGAUGCUCGCCCUUCCGCGGUCAGACCGUUUUGGCCUCGUCGGUUCUUAACAUCUCCUACCGUCAGCUGAUCACCAGCUCCCGUGCUGCAACCAGCCAACAGACCCAGCAAACUGCAACACCUCUAACUGUUCCCGGCUACGGUGCACCCCUAGCUGCUGGUGGCCAAGGACAGCUGCAGAACGCAGCCACCCCACCUCCCCUGAGAGGUUCUUUCCGUGGUGCUGUGUCCGGACAAGGCAACGGAGGUGGUCGAGGCCGCGGAGGUCUCAACAACGGCCAGCAAGCUAACCUUCCAUUCCGUCCUCACGCCAACGGUGGUCCUUCCCGCGGUCCCCGUGGCCGUGGAGUCUUCGGCGGCAACCGAGGUGGCUACACCUCAGUGGACAACAGCGACCCUAGCGAGGGCGUUGUCCAGAACAACCCCAACUUCCGCCCUCAGAACUACAGCCAGGUUCCCCCACCGCAAGGAAUGGAUCGUGGACGUGGACGUGGUCGUGGCCGUGGCAAUGGAAACCGUGGUAGAGGCCGCGGUGGACGAGGUGCUCCUGCGGGAGCCCCUGCGGCUGGUGCCCAGUAA